AUACACAUCUCUUCUCUCGACUAAUCCCUAACUAUUUACGGACUCUCUUUUUCGACUCACACACUCUGCCCUGCCGCCGGCAAUUUCCUCGGCUCCGGCACCCAACUCUGCCGACGACCACUUGAAUCACAACCACGGGUUCGUUUCUCAUUCUUCCAUCGCUCCUUCAAUUUCUUAUUCCCUGCACCGCAUGAUCUAUUAUUUCUCACCGUCUGCAUUUUCGUAGCCAAUCUGAAUAUUGUUUUUCAUUAUUAUUUUCGCCAUUAAACAUCGCUGAUUUGAAUCCCACAUUCUGGCUUAUUGAAUUCUUUAGCUUUUAUUAUUUCUCGGUAUAAAACAAUGGAGCCAAUCCAAACUCACGAUCUGUUUGCCUUUUCCUUUCAAUUUCUAUAGUCACGUGUUUUUCCCUAGGUGUAUCCAGCUCUUCGCAAUCCAUUUUUACUCGCCCUGGAUUGUUGAACUUGCUCUAUUGUAUGAAAUGACCGUUUAGUUGAGAUCACUGUAUAAUGACAGAGAAAAAACCAAUCGGUUUUCGUGGUGGAUGAACAGGCAUAAAGAUAGUGUACUCCUAAUACUGGUGGCUGUGCUAAAUAACCAAUUAAAAAAACUAUUCUGGGUGGAGGAAUAGCUGGGCAUUUGCUCGUGUUAUUACGUCACUAUUAUAUCAUUGCCAAUUUUAUUUUAUUUAAGAAGGAUGUUCUUUUAUUAGCAAAAGGCAGAAACAAUUUACAUUGGGCAGGGUAACAUAUUCUACUAAAAUUUAAAAUUAAAAGAAUAUAGCAAGCCACAGAAGCUAGAAUAUCUAAUGAAGCAAUCUAGACCAUUUAUACAUCAUUUGCGAGAUUUACCCCAAAAACAACCAUGAGGAGAGCACCACCAAAGAGAAGCCACAAACCUGAUCCUACCCCCAUUACACAAACUAAAUGGCUAAGGUACGCCUUUGAAGAUGUGGGCAUUUCUUUCUGUCCAUAUGCACAAUAAAAUUGCAAGUUGUGACAAAACCUUGGUGUCUGUAUCAGUGCUAAAGUCAAAUCCUUAAAAAUGCUUUAUGGGACACUGUUGAAAGGAAAUUGCUGUAAUUAUAAGCCUGGCACUAAUGCCCUGACCUGAAACGAAAUGCCUGCAGCACAACCCAAAAGAUUGGUGAAAGAUUAUAGGCAAAGGGAGCAAAAAAGCACUUGGAAUGAUUUGCUAUGGCCCAGCAGUCAUCUAGGCUUCAGCGUUUGCUUACUCUCCUAGAUACUGGGUCAACCCAAGCAACAAGGUUGACUGCUGCUCGUCAGAUAGGGGACAUUGCAAAAUCACACCCUCAAGACUUGACCAGUCUUCUUAAGAAGGUUUCUCAAUAUUUGCACAGUAAAAAUUGGGAUACACGAGUUGCAGCUGCUCAUGCAAUUGGGUCGAUUGCUGAGAAUGUUAAGCACAUAAGUUUGACUGAACUUUAUGCUUGUGCUGUAUCAAAAAUGUCUGAGAAUGGGAUAUCUUGUAGCAUUGAGGAUCUGUGUGCAUGGUCUUAUUUACAAUCAAAAGUUACUGGAAGCUCAUUUAGAAGCUUUGAUAUGAACAAGGUGCUUGAAUUUGGAGCCUUGUUAGCAUCUGGAGGACAGGAAUAUGAUAUUGGAAAUGAUAAUAUAAAGAACCCAAAGGAGCGACUGGUUCGUCAGAAGCAAAAUCUUCGACGUCGUUUAGGUUUGGAUGUCUGUGAACAAUUUGUGGAUAUCAGUGAUGUAAUAAGAGAUGAAGAUCUUAUGGCAUCCAAAUCAGACUCACAUCUGAACGGGAUAGAUCGUAGACUUUUUACUUCUUGUUCUGCACAUAACAUCCAGAAAAUGGUUUCAAACAUGGUUCCUAGUGUCAAAUCAAAGUGGCCAAGCGCAAGAGAAUUGAAUCUUUUAAAGCGUAAAGCAAAAAUUAACUCUAAGGACCAAACAAAAAGCUGGUGUGAAGAUGGAAGUACAGAGGCGUCAGGUGCUCAAAAUUUGACUUCGAAAGGCACAUGUCCCGAUUCAGUAAAUUACAGUAAGGCAUUCGUGGGUGUUAAUCACGAUGAAGAUGGCCUUGAACAUGAUGGGGAUGGACAAUGGCCUUUCCACACUUUUGUUGAGCAACUUAUUAUUGAUAUGUUUGAUCCUGUUUGGGAGGUACGACAUGGCAGCGUGAUGGCAUUGAGAGAGAUUUUAGCACAUCAAGGUGCUUCUGCUGGAGUAUUUAAACCUGACUCACGCAUGGGUGGGACCUUGUUUAUUGAAUUAGAAGACAAAAGUAUACCAAAUAUAUUGAAGAGAGAGAGGGAAAUUGGUUUAAAUAUGCAAGUUUCAACAGAUGAGUUUGUUUCAAACUUGAAGAGGCCAAAACUUGAAGAUGUAUCAUCAUCAACCUCUAUGGAUAGUGUGAUGACUUGCAACAAUGAAGCUGAUAUUGAAAUCAGCAUUAGUUCUGAAACCCAUGGAUUCAAUUUGGCUUUGGAUUAUGGGAAUAGGCAAUUUAAUGGUAAUUCUGUUGACAUGGAUUGCUCUGAUGGCUUACAUGAUGCAUGCAAGGAGCCUGCUAAUAUAGCAGAACAGAAUGGUUAUUCUGAUGAUAAUAAGGUUCCCUCUGAAAAUCUUAGUGUGCUGAGAAAUCUUCCUCAGAAUUGUGAGCUGAUGCACUCGGUUAAAGUGGUUAGAAGUUCCUGGCUUCGAAACUGUGAAUUUCUUCAAGACUGUGUGUUACGCUUUUUGUGCGUGUUGUCACUUGAUCGCUUUGGAGAUUAUGUAUCUGAUCAGGUUGUUGCUCCAGUGCGUGAAACCUGUGCACAGGCUUUAGGUGCUGCAUUUAAGUAUAUGCAUCCCGCACUAGUUAAUGAAACAUUGAACAUAUUGUUGAAAAUGCAGUGUAGGCCAGAAUGGGAGAUUCGACAUGGCAGUCUUCUUGGUAUCAAAUAUUUGGUUGCCGUACGGCAGGAGAUGCUUUCGGAUUUGCUUGGAUGCGUUCUUCCUUCUUGUAAAUCUGGGUUGGAGGACCCAGAUGAUGAUGUCCGAGCAGUUGCUGCUGAUGCUUUAAUACCAGCUGCAUCUGCAAUUGUUUCCUUGCAGGGUCAAACAUUGCAUUCAAUUGUGAUGCUUUUAUGGGAUAUAUUGCUUGAUUUGGAUGAUUUAAGUCCAUCCACCAGCAGUGUAAUGAAUCUGCUGGCAGAAAUCUAUUCUCAAGAAGAUAUGGCCCCAAAGAUGUACAAAGUUUUUAAAUUGGCAGAAAAUGAAAUGGAAAAUGGAGUAGGUGGUUGUGGUGAUGUUGAUGGAGAAGAAAAUCCUUAUGUGCUUUCAACAUUGGCACCACGUUUGUGGCCCUUUAUGAGGCACAGUAUCACAUCUGUUCGUUAUUCUGCGAUACGGACUUUGGAGAGGCUACUUGAAGCUGGAUAUAAGAGAAGCAUGUCUGAGUUGUCUAGUGUUUCGUUCUGGCCCUCUUUUAUAUUUGGAGAUACCCUUAGAAUUGUCUUCCAGAAUCUUCUAUUGGAAACAAAUGAGGAUAUUUUGCGAUGUUCCGAGAGAGUUUGGAGUCUCCUUGUUCAGUGUUCUGUGGAGGACUUGAAGAUAGCUGCGAGGUCUUAUGUGGCUUCUUGGACAGAACUUGCAUCUACUCCAUUUGGCUCAGCAUUAGAUGCCUCAAAGAUGUAUUGGCCUGUUGCUUUUCCACGAAAAAGUCAAAUUAGAGCAGCUGCUAAAAUGAGAGCUGCAAAAAUUGAAAAUGAAAGUGGUGUGGAUUUUAGUCUUGAAUCUAUAAAAGGAAUUAUUCCACCAGAUAGAAAUGGGGAUGUUCCUAUGAAUUCUGUUAAGAUAGUUGUUGGUGCUGAGGUAGACACGUCUGUAACUCAUACCCGGGUAGUUACAGCAACUGCUUUGGGAAUUUUUGCUUCUAAGCUGCCAGAGGGUUCUUUAAAAUAUGUGAUUGAUCCACUUUGGAGCUCUCUAACCUCGUUGUCUGGUGUCCAACGCCAGGUUGCAUCUUUGGUACUUAUUUCUUGGUUCAAGGAGAUUAAGAACAUAAAUUCGUCCAAAAACUUUGAUGGUAUCCCUGGUGCCCUCAAAGAUUGGUUGCUAGACUUAUUAGCAUGUUCUGACCCAACAUUCCCAACAAAAGAUUCACUUCUUCCUUAUGCUGAGCUUUCAAGAACUUAUGGGAAGAUGUGCAAUGAGACUGGCCAAUUACUAAAUGUGAUCAAGUCUUCUGGUAUGUUUAAUGAGUUGCUGACAGCUACCCAAAUUGAGUUGGAUCGCUUGAGUGUGGAUGAUGCCAUUGGUUUUGCAUCAAAAAUUCCAACUUUGUGUAAUGAUAGUUCUGCAAAUGAAUCCUUGGGAAAGAACAUCAUGGAUGAUAUCGAAUCCUUGAAACAGAGACUCUUGACUACUUCUGGAUAUUUAAAAUGUGUUCAGAGUAAUUUGCAUGUUACAGUCACAUCUGCAGUUGCAGCUGCAGUUGUCUGGAUGUCUGAAUUUCCUACACGACUUACCCCAAUCAUUUUGCCUUUGAUGGCUUCAAUCAAACGAGAGCAGGAGGAAAUACUGCAAAUGAAGUCAGCUGAGGCCCUUGCCGAGCUAAUGUAUCACUGUGUUGCACGAAGACCUUGCCCCAAUGAUAAAUUAAUUAAGAAUAUAUGUAGUUUAACUUGCAUGGAUCCCUCUGAGACCCCUCAAGCCAAAUCCCUUUGUUCCAUGGAGAGUAUUGAUGACCAAGGUUUUCUGUCUUGUAGAACUCCUGUGAGCAAACAGAAGUUAAAGGUCCAUGUGCUGGCUGGUGAGGAUCGGUCAAAGGUGGAGGGAUUUUUAAGUAGACGGGGAUCUGAGCUAGCAUUGAGGCAUCUAUGUGAGAAGUUUGGUGUGUCAUUAUUUGAUAAGCUUCCUAAGCUGUGGGAUUGCCUUACUGAAGUGCUUAAGCCCAGCUCCUCUGAAUCUCUACUUGUCACUAAUGAAAAGUCAGCUACUCUGUCUAUUGAGUCUGUUAGCGAUCCUCAGGCCUUGAUUAACAAUAUCCAGGUGGUGCGUUCUGUUGCUCCCAUCUUAAAUGAGGAGUUGAAGCCAAAACUGUUGACACUUCUCCCAUGCAUUUUUAAAUGUAUUCAGCAUUCUCAUGUUGCAGUUAGAUUAGCUGCUUCACGCUGCAUCACUUCCAUGGCACAGUCAAUGACUGUGAAAGUUAUGGGAGCUGUGGUUGAAAAUGCUAUCCCUAUGUUGGAAGAUGCAUCAUCAGUUUAUGCUCGACAAGGAGCAGGCAUGUUGAUCAGUUUUCUUGUUCAGGGGCUGGGUGUAGAGUUGGUCCCUUAUGCUCCUCUAUUGGUGGUUCCGCUUCUAAGGUGCAUGAGUGAUUGUGAUCAGUCUGUCAGACAGAGUGUGACCCAUAGUUUUGCUUCUCUUGUACCUUUACUUCCUUUGGCACGAGGCCUUCCUCAACCGAUUGGAUUAGGGGAAGGUGUAUCUAGAAAUGCAGAAGAUUUGCAGUUUUUGGAGCAACUACUUGACAACUCUCAUAUUGAAGAUUACAAGUUGUGCACUGAACUGAAAGUAACAUUGAGGAGGUAUCAGCAGGAAGGCAUAAAUUGGUUAGCUUUUUUGAAACGUUUCAAGCUUCAUGGAAUUUUAUGUGAUGACAUGGGACUUGGAAAGACACUUCAAGCAUCAGCAAUUGUGGCCUCUGAUAUAGCUGAGCAUCGAACUUCAAUUGGGAAUGAGGAUCUUCUGCCAUCUUUAAUUAUUUGCCCAUCAACUCUAGUUGGGCACUGGGCCUUUGAGAUAGAGAAGUAUAUUGAUGUUUCUGUUAUCUCUAGUCUUCAAUAUGUUGGUUCUGCUCAGGAGCGAAUGCUUCUUCGGGAUCAUUUUUGCAAGCAUAAUGUCAUCAUAACAUCAUAUGAUGUUGUCCGUAAAGAUAUUGAUUUUCUUGGACAGCUGCUGUGGAAUCACUGCAUCUUAGAUGAAGGGCAUAUAAUCAAGAAUGCCAAGUCUAAAGUUACACUUGCCAUAAAACAGCUGAAAGCGCAACACCGCUUGAUAUUGAGUGGGACACCUAUACAGAAUAACAUAAUGGACUUGUGGUCCCUUUUUGAUUUUUUGAUGCCUGGAUUUCUUGGAACUGAGAGACAGUUCCAAGCCACAUAUGGAAAACCACUUUUAGCUGCAAGAGAUCCAAAAUGUUCUGCUAGGGAUGCUGAAGCAGGAGCACUUGCCAUGGAGGCACUGCAUAAGCAGGUAAUGCCUUUCCUCCUUCGUAGGACAAAGGAUGAAGUCUUGUCUGAUCUGCCAGAGAAAAUAAUUCAAGACAGAUACUGUGAUUUGAGCCCUGUACAAUUGAAACUUUAUGAACAGUAUUCUGGUUCUCGUGUAAAACAAGAAAUAUCAUCUGUUGUAACAUCGAAUGAGUCUGCUGCAGCAGAAGGAAGUAGCAGUUCUACUAAAGCAUCUUCACAUGUUUUCCAGGCACUCCAAUACUUGCUAAAACUCUGUAGUCAUCCAUUGCUUGUCAUUGGUGAGAAGAUUCCAGAGUCACUUUCUACUAUCCUCUCAGAACUGUUUCCUGCUGGCUCUGAUGUUAUUUCAGAACUUCACAAACUCUAUCACUCCCCAAAAUUAGUUGCUCUUCAUGAGAUUCUUGAAGAAUGUGGAAUUGGAGUUGACAAUUCAGGUUCUGAGGGUGCGGUUAACGUUGGGCAGCAUAGGGUCUUGAUAUUCGCUCAACAUAAGGCUUUCCUGGAUAUAAUUGAAAGAGAUUUGUUUCAGACACACAUGAAAAGUGUCACGUAUUUGCGGUUGGAUGGAUCAGUUGAGCCAGGAAAGCGUUUUGAAAUUGUCAAAGCUUUCAAUUCAGACCCUACCAUUGAUGUCUUACUGCUUACAACACAUGUUGGUGGGCUUGGUUUGAACCUGACAUCUGCAGAUACCCUUGUUUUUGUGGAGCAUGACUGGAAUCCGAUGCGAGACCUUCAGGCUAUGGAUAGAGCACACAGGUUAGGUCAGAAAAAAGUAGUUAAUGUCCAUCGGCUAAUAAUGCGUGGUACUUUGGAAGAGAAAGUUAUGAGUCUACAAAGGUUCAAAGUCUCAGUGGCUAAUGCUGUCAUUAAUUCUGAAAAUGCUAGUAUGAAAACAAUGAAUACAGAUCAGUUGCUUGAUUUGUUUGCAUCAGCAGAAACCUCCAAGAAGGGCGCAUCUGUUUUGAAGAGUUCAGAGAACAACUCUUAUGGAGACGCUAAGUUAGUAGGCUGUAGGAAGGGAUUGAAAUCAAUACUCGGGGGAUUGGAGGAGCUAUGGGACCAAUCACAAUAUACAGAGGAGUACAAUCUGCGUCAAUUUUUAGCAAGGCUUAAUGACUAAUAUUCCAGAUUCAUUUCAGAGUCAGAGUGUACAUAUCCAUGAGUACAAAUUUUGCCAUUGUAACAUCUCAAUUUUUUUCCCACCAUGCCCUUCAGUCAUUUUUUGUCGUCACUUUUUGUAUACCCCAAUGCUGGCUGGCAUCUGCUCGUGUGCAUGCAGACCAGGUAAAUCAGUGUCUGUAUUUUACAGGGCAUUUUAGUGACUAGUGGAAGCCCUUGGUGGUGAUAUGUAGAGAAAUGAAUCGGUGACGGCUUCAGGAGGGAUGGAGUAAUAUUUUUUGGAUUUUGUAUA